AUGGGAGAUCAACCGGUGACGAAAGCAGAGUUUUACGGUGCCAUGACGGCUUUAACCGCGGCCAUCACAGCUCUGACAACACAGGUGACAACGUUAUCCAACAACAACCGAAACUACAACAGCAAUAGAAACAGUAACAACAACAGAAACGGCGACAACAACCGCAACAACCCAUCUACUAAUGACUCGAGUUCUGAGGAUGAGGAAGUUGUGUCCGAAAAGGGAGGUGAAGAGAAUCCAACUAGGAUAAAAAAAAUUGUCUUGUGCAAGUCUGGCGAUCCACAACUUGAUGUCGACCUACCUGUGGCGGCUCCGUUUAGGCCAGAUGUAUUUGUGCGAAAUCCGGCAACAACCUCACCGCCACUAGAACCUCCGGACACUAGGAUGCAGGCGGCGACUUCCAUCUCAGCAAAACCUCCGCAUCACAGCCGUCACAUUGAACUCAAGGAUUUGCUUAUAGAUCGGAUUAAACUCAAAACCAAAUUUGCGCCACCACCAGGUUCCACUUCCACAAACUCUAACAACAACUUUGAACAAAAAACCAUUCCUGAGCUCGUGAAUAUUUUGCGUGGAACAUGCCAGUUUGAUACAUAUGAUGUCAUUGAAGGUGUUUUGGUGAAUAGAGAGACGAGACUAAGAACAGAGAUUCAACAACAGUUGCAACAGAAGUUUGAAUUGGAGAAACUACAACUUCAAGAGAAGCUUCAAAUGGAAGAGCGUUUAAGGAUACAAGCUGAGGAAGAGGUUAAGAAAAGAGAGAAAAUUUGUGAGAAAGGAAAGAGAGUGGAAGAGAGUUACGAAAAAUUGUUGAAGGAAGUAAAGGCUGGUAUAGCUUAUAGAGAUAAUCGUAUUAUUAAAGAGCUUAAGAAGAAGAAUGGCAAAUUGGAGUGUGAAAUGAAGAAUUUGAAGGAGAAAUGUGAUGAUGAUAGCAAUAAAUUUGAUGUGAUGAGAACAAAGAACGAGGAAUUGGAGUCAAAAUUUGAAGUUUUGGAUUUGAGGAAGAUGAAGGGAAAAUGGGAGAGAGAUGGCAAUGAACUUGGUGUUUUAAGAAGUGAAUUAAAGAAAAAAAAUUUGGAGUUGAAAAAGUUGAAUGAAAAGUUGGUGGAAGAUAACAAUGCUCUUGAUGAGCUUCGAGGUAAGGUUCAUGUAUUGGAGGCUGAUAAAAAUGCUUUGGUUGCUGGACUUAAGAUUCAAAUUGGUGAAUUGGAAGAAAGAGUGAAUAAUCAUUUGACAACUAUAAGUGAGUUGGAGGAAGAAAACAGUAAAUUGGCUCAUGAGAAGCGGGUGGUUGAAAUGUUCUACAAGUCUUUGCGCACAAAGCAUAGAGAACUACAAGAAAGAGGAAACGAUGAGUGGGAGCCUCAUGCUGAUCCUAUGGUUGCUGAUUUUGAAGAUCUUACUGGAGAGGAUGUUCUUGUCAAUGUGUUUGGACAUGACACUACGGACGCUACUCCUUUGCGAAGAAAUGAAGAUGUUCGUGACUCUUUUGGAGUUGCUGCUAGUACACAACUGCAGAACAUAAGCGAUAAUGAUGCUCAAGGUGCAUCAUCAGCUAGUGGAAGAGUGAAACUAGGGGGAAAGGAUUAUGAGAUCAUAAUCCUUGAUGAUGAUGACAACGAUCGGUCUAUAUCUCAAAGAGUACAUGGAAAGAAGACAAUUUUUGGACAUGCCGUGAUGGAUGAGUAUCCAAGUUCAUCAGUGGCAACACAACAAAAAAGCAAAUUCACCAAUGCAGUAGUUGACACAGCCAAAAGAAAGUUUUCUUUCCCCAACAUUGAAACCUCCAGUUCCUCUGAUGAUUCUAUUGAUGAUAAUCUUCCAAUAAGUUCUGUGGUAUCACAAAGAAAAAAGACAAAAAUGUAG